AGCAGCUGCUGCCACCACAGGAUCAUCAUCAUCUUCAUCAUCAACUUCAUCAUCACGGCGUUUAUCUCGCGCCUGAACCUGUGGCUCCAUCAGGGAGGUAAACUGAUGUGCAAACUACCCAAUAAAGAUGUCCCUGUUGACUCAAGAGGGAGUUGAAAGGACAAAAAUAGAAGCCACAAUUCACUACGACACGGCCGAAUCGUCCCCGUGAUUUACAGGAAAAACAUCCCCUGAAGAAGCACAGCAGGGAUCAUUUACAGCCUCUGAUUGAUCUAUGGACCAUCUUCAGCCAUUCGAAUGAGAUUUACACCUCACUUUGUAAUCACAAGAAAUGCUCCUCUAGUGCUGCUAUUGGUUGACACUUAAAGUAUUGACGAAUGAGCUUAAGACAGUGCAGACGAUUGGAAGUUGAAGUCUUGUCCUCUGAUUUUGCACUGAGAAGGAGCAGGUCUAUUUUUGGAGAGGGAAACACACCAGUUAGUGAAAUCUAAUUACUGGACGUGCCUCAGCUUGCUGCUUGUUCACCAGAGGGCUUAUUAAAUUUCACCACUGGUUUGCCCUAGGUUACUUCUGCUGGAACAGUUUUUUUACCCUGUAGCUGGUGGGAAAAUUAACAGUUGAGUUCAAUCUGUUAACAUCUGCCAGAUAUCACAAUGCGACCUCCCUCUGGGUUUAGAAAUUAAACUCCAUGCAACCCCUGAUAGAGUCUGACUACUAAAUAACACUUUCAAGAGUGGAGAUUUAACCCGUCAAGACAUUACUUUUCUUCCAGCAUGAGCGACACAAACUACUGGGUUGUGGACUAUGAGCUAUCCUCUCCCUCUCCGCCUGGGUUCCCCAGGGGUCCGACGGUGCUGCAGCCCAUGAUAGGGCAUCCCGAGCAAGGAACCGCCCUGUGCUUUGUCGGCCUCCUCGUGCUGCUGCUGCUCUUUCUGGUUGUUCGCUGCGUCCGAAUCUUGUUGGACCCCUACAGCAGCAUGCCGGCAUCAUCAUGGACUGACCAUAAGGAGGGGCUCGACAGAGGACAGUUUGAUUAUGCUUUGGUGUGAAGAUGGGAUUGACAGGAACGGAAAGAGGUGGUUGAAUUUGUAGACAUUAUGAUUCUCAUGAGUGAAUUUUGAUUGAUAACUUUUGUUCAAUGCUCUUUGAAAGGCUUUGUUUUCUAAAGUAUGAGCUCCUGAAAUUGAAAGAAAAUGCAGUUUGUUACAGUAUUUUUAUAGUUUGGCUGUGUAAUGAAAGUUAAAAACAAUAGUUACUCUGUUAAAUGCAGUAGAAGAAAAGAGAAGUUUUGCAUCUAUCUGAAUUUACAGUAGAUGACGUUGUAUUGGAGAUUUAUGAGGUGUAUUAAGUUACGCAACAGCUUUUAACACUGCAGAAAGACUAGGAUCUGUAUCUCAGAAGUACAUAUAUCAUGUCCAUUUUGAAUCCUAUAAUGUUUUUACAAAUCCCAGGGCUGAAUCAUAAAAAAAACUGAGCAGAUCUGCUGCAGGAGAGGUCCUGGUUGAAUCAAAGAGAUGUGAAAUUAGUUAAAUUCAGAUUACUGAUGAUUUAAGAAGUAGGCUUUAAACUGUAUUUGCUAAUUCAGGGUUAAAAUGUAUAAAUGUCCAUGCAGCAUUUAUUUGUGAGCUUACAUGGAGGUAUGGCUGAACCAAAAUGUGGGUGUUGUUUUUUUAAAGUGAACCAUGCUGGAAAUUUGGAGACAUUUAAACCACUUCUAAUGAUCCUCAGGUAACAUCUUUUCUAGCUAACCAAAGCCUCUA